UCUGAAACGUCAGUACAGGCUUGACAUUUGAGUGUUUUGCUUUGGUUUGUGUUAAGAAAGGCAAGCAAAACAUAAGAAAGAAAAAUAAAUUAAAAACAAAAUCGGUAAAAAGAUUUUAAAAGUUGUGUGGUGUUUUGGUUGUUUUAUUGGUGAAAACCUGUCAAAUAUAUACAAAAAAAGUUAAAAUUACAAUAAAAAAAAAUAUGUGGCAGAAACUGUUAUUACAAUGUAUUUUGCUGAGUGCCGCCUUAAGCUCUGUCAUGGCCAUCAAUUGUUACGUUUGCGAUGCCUCUGACACUAACAAUCCAUUCCAAUGUGGCGAAUGGUUCGAACGUUUCGAUGAACCCGACUUAGAGCCACAAAACUGUUCGAAUGUUCACGAUGCUAAGUUCUGUAUUAAACAUGUGGGACGUUUUGAAGGUGGCAUCGGAGCCAAAAGAUUCUGUUCCUCCAAAGAUUUAGGCAAUUACUGCGAUUAUGUGCGCAACAAAGGUGAUCGUAUGGACUAUAGAUCAUGUAUUUAUACUUGCAACUCUGAUGGCUGUAAUGGUGCGUCUAGUAUACGUCUUACACAACUACUUCUACCAUCACUAGUAGGUGCGGUUGUGGUGUUUGCAGUAAUGAGGUUGAAAAACUUGUGGUGAGAGGUAGUGUUGUUAAAGAGUGUAUUCGUUAGAAAUUAUUUUAUUGUUGAUUUUAAUAAAUGUAAUAGAAAAUUAAAUAUUUUUAUACGAAAUUUGAUUAUAAAUAUGAAUUAUUAACCUACUAGUAGUUUUUAAAUAAUUUUUUUUUUAAAUUUUCAAUAAAUUGUAUGGAAAUAUUUUUAAUGUAAUUUAAAGUAUAAAGAAAUUACUCAAAAUAAUACAAUAUACGAAUGCUGUUAUGGUUUUCACACAGUUUUUUUUUUAUAAUACAUUAUCACCACUUAGGUUUUUGACAACUGAGUUAGGUCAUUGGCAGGAGAAUUUCCGAUCUAUGUGUAUUUAUCUAUGAUUUAAAGUAUUUUAAAACAUUAAUUCAUUAUAUAUAUGAAGUGGAAAACUCCACAUCAAAACUGAAAUUUUCACCUGAUUUGACUUUUGCAUACAUUUGGUAAAAUGCGAUUGAAAUUAGGGCAAAUCUUAAGCAAACCAGGGGUUUUUUUACGUGGAGUAAUAAAUUAUCGACUUUGUAUUGAUGUAAAAUAAGAACAAACUCUUUUAGUUGAGACAACAGAUGUCAAAUUCGCAACGGGUAAAAUUACCAGGAUUGAUAUAUAUUUUCAAAUGACAAACGAUUUGUCGAAAAUAAUGUUCAUUCACUAAUCAAAUCUAUAAUUACACAUUAACUUAAGUACCAACAACGAAUACAUUCUUUAAAAUUCAGCAUUGUAUUGCAUCACACAAUAAUAUUUUUAAUUUAAUAAACUUUGUUUUGAUUUAAGACACGAAUAGUAACACAAUAAUGAAUAAAAUAUGUUAAUGUUUAUGUUCUAUUCUAGUACUGUUUUCUACAAAAAUAGCUUUACUUAAUUAGUUAAUAAGUGCCUUAAAUAUAAAUAAUUCAAACUAGAAAAUAAAAACUUUAUACAUACACAAAUCAUUCACUACUUUUUUUUUAUUUGUUAAAUAAAUUUUACUUUAAAAAACUAA